AAACUGCAACCGUUUUCGCAGUCAGAUAAGUACGGUAUAAUAUGCUCUGUGUUUUCUGAGGGACACUUUAGUGAAAUACGGCGUGUUUAUUUUAUAUCAUCACCUUUUCACGGGAAAUAUCUUGAGAAAUUACUUCAGAUAAAGUGUUUAUUCUGUGACGAGACACGACCCGAGUGACGUCCUGUCGUGUGUCGGUGUCUUACAAACCUCAAGACUUUUCCUACAUCGUUUUAAACACUGUUUGUUUUCACCGUCUAUCGUUUUUUGUUUUUUUGUUUUUUUACCUCAGACAUUUAUCGUUAGCAUUUCUGCUAAUCUUCGUCAGAAUGGCGGAGGCGAAUAAAACAGUCACUUAAACGGAUUUUCUUCAUCGACGUGAAGGAUUUUCUUGUUGCUGCUGUUUUUUUUUUCUUUUCUUUUCCCCUCUUCAUGGCUGGAUGGUGUAUAUGAAAGGGGCUGUGCCGGAUUUAUUUAUUUAUUUAUUUAUUUCGAGUCUGGAGACACCCGAAAGCAAGCAGUAAGCUAAUCUCCAUCCUUUUUUUUUUUUUUUUUUUUUACACCGAGACUCACUGGAAGAAGAGGAAGAAGAGGAGGAGGAGGAGAAGAUAAAGUGGUCCACGGAGACUAAGUUGCUACCUCCCUGGGGCAUCAUGGACUUCUCAGUGGGAUUGUAUCUGCUAUGGGCAAUAGUGUUGAACUUUGGGCGUGGCACACUGGGUAAUAUCGUGUACCGGGUGCGUGAGGAGCAGCCGCCAAGCACCCUGAUAGGCAGUCUGGCGGCUGAUCAGGGCUUACCAGACUCUGGACACCUGUACAAGUUGGAGGUGGGCACCCCUUACCUGCGAGUGGAUGGAAAAACAGGGGAAAUAUUUACCACUGAAAUCCCCAUCGACAGAGAGACAAUGAAGGACUGUCGGAUGAAAGGAAAGCCAUGUUUUCUGGAGUUUGAGGUUUCUGUCACAGAUCUCAUCCUGAACCAAAGCCCCCGGCUGAUCGAGGGACGGAUCGAGGUGCUUGACAUCAACGAUAACACCCCGCAGUUUCCAUCACCUGUCCUCACUCUCACUGUGCAAGAGAACACUCACAUGGGAGCCACCUUCUCUAUCCCGCUGGCCACUGACAAAGAUACAGAGCGUAAUGGUGUAGCCGACUAUACCCUCACUGCCGGACCAGAGGCUGUUGCUCUCUUUGGCCUACAAGUAGCAGAUGACAGGGGUGAGAAAUUGCCUCAGCUCAUUGUGAUGGGAAAUCUGGACAGGGAGUUGAAAGACUCCUAUGACCUGACCAUCAAAGUAGUGGAUGGGGGAAGCCCAUCUCGCUACAGUAGUGCCUUGCUGAGAGUCGUCGUCACUGAUGCCAAUGACAACGCACCCAAGUUUGAGAAAUCGUCCUAUGAAGCUGAGGUUUCAGAAAAUAGUCCUGUUGGACACUCAGUAUUACAGGUCAAGGCCAAUGACUCAGAUCUGGGACCAAAUGGUGAAAUUGAAUACAUCAUUCAUCAAGCCAGUGACCCAGUGCCAAAACUGCUACAGAUUGACCGUUCCACAGGCAUCAUAUACGUAAAAGGCCCAUUGGAUCGUGAGGAGAUCAACAGCUUGAAGUUUCAUGUUAUUGCACGGGACAGAGGUCCCUCACCUAAAAGCUCAACGACGUAUGUUUCUGUUGAGGUAACUGAUCAGAAUGACAAUGCACCUGCUGUGGAGAUCCGUGGUAUUGGUCUUAGGACCCAUAGUGAUGGCGUUGCAAACAUCCCAGAGGACAUGCCAGUGGGCACUGCGGUAGCUCUGGUGCAAGUGUCCGAUAAGGAUGAGGGAGAAAAUGCUGUUGUGACUUGUGUGGUAGCAGGAGAUGUCCCAUUCCAGCUCCGACCAGCUGGUGAUUCCUCUAUUGAUAAUAAGAAGAAGUACUUUCUGCAGACCACCACACCACUAGACUUUGAGAGAGUCAGGGAGUACCGGGUGGAGAUAGUAGCUGUGGAUUCAGGCAACCCAGCUCUGUCCAGCACCAACUCCCUGAAAGUCCAGGUGACCGAUAUUAAUGACAAUUCUCCCAUAUUCUCACCUCCAGUGUUUGAAAUAGAUUUUGCUGAAGAGAAUCAGCCUGGAGAGAAGGUUCUUGAUGUUAUUGCCGUAGAUGCGGACAGUGGCACCAACGCAGAACUCAUCUACAGCAUUGUUGCAGAUUCAUCAACCAGGGGGCUCUUUGAGAUUGACCCUAGCACAGGUGAAGUACGAGCCAGGAGCCCACUUGACCGUGAGCACAAAGAACGUUAUGAGUUCCGUGUUACUGCAACCGAUAAAGGUGUUCCUAGCCACAAGGGUACCGCUACUGUUGUGAUCAAUGUACUGGAUAGGAAUGAUAAUGAUCCCAAGUUUAUGCUUAGUACCUACAGCUUCUCUGUACUGGAGAACAUGCCACCACUAAGCCCGGUUGGCAUGGUGACUGUAUUAGAUAUGGAUAAAGGAGAAAAUUCCCAAGUGCAGCUCUCUGUCGAACCAGAUGUUGGAAAGUUUGUAGUACAGAACGGAACAGGAACAAUUCUGUCAAGUAUAUCCUUUGACCGGGAGAAAGAAAGCAGCUACAGUUUCCGACUCAAGGCAGUAGAUGGAGGAGAACCCCCUAGGUCAUCUUAUGUUGGUGUGACCAUCAAUGUACUUGAUGAGAAUGACAAUGCACCUGUUGUCACCAAACCUUCCAAUUCUUCUUUCAAACCUCUGUCUCCCCUGGCAGCACCUGAUACUGUAGUUGAGGUAGUGGAGGCAGAAGACAUAGACUCUGGCUCUAAUGCUGAGCUGGUCUAUAGUAUUGCUGGGGGGAACCCACAUGAGCUCUUCUAUAUCUCUCCCUCUGAUGGAGAGAUCAAACUAAGCAAGGAACUGACUCGGAAGCAUGGAGGUCUGCAUCGCUUGGUGGUUAAGGUGAGUGAUAGGGGUAAGCCUUCACGCCAUGCAAUUGCCUUGGUGCACAUUUAUGUCAAUGAGACCAUUUCCAAUAUCAGCCUAGUGGAAGGCCUAGUAGGGCAUAGCCUAUACACUCCACUGGACACAGACAUUGCGGGUGACCCUGACUAUGGUCUAGCUGCUCAGAGAAGCAACAUUCUUUAUGGUAGCUUGGCUGGUGUGGCAGGAGUUGUAAUGGUAAUUAUAGUGGUAGUCUUCAUCAGACAUCGCCUCCAAAGAGAAACCAAGAGCGGUUAUCAAGCUGGCAAAAAGGAGACUAAGGACUUGUUUGCACCAAAACAAGGACCAAAGAGCAUUAAGGGUAAAAAGGGAAGAAAGGGAAAGCCACCAAAGUCACCCAAACCUCUUGGGGAAGAUGAAGAGGUCAGCCUCCAAAAGAGUCUGAAGUUCAACAUCGAUGGGGUUAAUGACAGCCCUAGGAUCCACUUGCCCUUGACCUACCCACCUGGCAGCCCUGACUUGGGCAGGCAUUACCGCUCGAAUUCACCCUUGCCAUCCAUCCAACUUCAGGCCCAGUCUCCAUCUGCUUCCCAGAAGCAUCAGGCUGUUCAGGAGCUCCCUGCCACCAAUACCUUUGUGGGAACAGAACGAGAUGACAACUCUACUGGAUCUGACCAGUACUCGGAUUACAGUUACAAGACCAAUCAGCCGAAAUACAGCACAAAAUCGCUGCCGCACCGCAGAGUGACGUUCUCCACCGCCAAUCCAGUCCAGGACGCUCAGGACUCGUCCCAGCAGAGCUACUACGACAGCGGCCUGGAGGAGUCGGAGACACCCAGCAGCAAGAGCUCGUCAGGGCCACGCCUCGGCCCGCUGGCACUGCCCGAGGAACACUACGAGAGAACCACGCCCGACGGCAGCAUCGGAGAGAUGGAGCACCCUGAAAACGAUGUUCGGUCGCUUCCUGACGUGGCCAUGACGGGAACCUGCAGUCAGGAGUGCAGCGAACUCGGCCACUCGGACGCCUGCUGGAUGCCGGGUCAGCCUUCACCUGCUCGCAAGACGCGCACGCUGCCCAAACUCUCCACCUUCGUGCCUUACCAGGAGAGAGGAGGGACUCUGGGACGACUGGCCAACGGUGAGCCUCGGCCCCGCCUUCCACCUUCGCGCAGUGUCUACGCCCCCAGUGACCACGCCCCCAACAAUCACGUCCCGAUGGAGGAGGUGCCUCUGAGCGUCACCUCCGAGUUCCCGCCCACCAGUCCCACCUCUAACCACGCCCCCAAACGGGAAAUAUACCUGUAAACGAAGCGGCGACUGAUUGACCUCCGCACUGAGGAACGGAACGAAAAUAUCACUCGAAUCGUAAAAUAAAUUCGGGCUGUUAGUGAACUUUAAAAAAAAAGUCUGGUAGAGUUG